GUCUGAAUCUAAUUGGUAUUUUUCAGUUUAUUCUUGUUUAAGUUUGUUUUAACUACUUUGAACCAUGGCAAAGUCAAACUGUGAUAGCAGUUUUGGAAACCAUUUGGACAGCGGCGAUUCCCUGACUAACAACCACAGUCAAACCCAACUGAUAAAACACCGUGUUGAGGAGCGAGAGGGAGAAAUAGGCUCAGAAGACUCAAGUCUUCCCUCUAAGGAUAAAAAACUCAGAGAACGAGAUGUAUGGAGCGGAAAAUUCGACUUCUUACUCGCGUGUUGCGGUACAGCAGUGGGUUUGGGAAAUGUCUGGCGUUUCCCAUACUUGUGUUACAAAAACGGAGGAGGGGCCUUUCUUAUCCCAUAUCUAAUCGUUGUUAUAAUCAGCGGGGUGCCAAUCUUCUUUCUUGAAGUAGCUAUUGGUCAGUUUACGAAGUUGGGUGCCAUUAAAUCGUGGACCUCUCUUUGUCCUCUUAUAUCAGGUAUCGGUAUUGCGUCGGCAGUCAUCGUCUUCUAUACACUCUGCUACUACGCCGUCAUCCUAGCAUGGGCUCUGUUCUACCUUUUCCAGUCCUUUAGGGCCGAAUUGCCAUGGGCAAAUUGCAACAACACAUGGAACGAUCCGAUCAAGUGUCAGGACAACUUAACAUAUGUACGAUCGCUUAACAUGACCGAGGAACAACGUAGAGAAAAUUUUACCUUUCCAGUUGAAGAAUAUUGGGAAAACUACGUGUUAAAGAUAACCGACGGUAUCGAAGAUUUGGGAGGUUUACGAUGGGAAUUGGCUGGAGUUCUUUUACUCGCUUGGAUCGUUUGUUAUCUUACUGUCUUCCAAGGAACCAAGUCUACAGGAAAGGCCAUGUACUUCACCGCUACCUUCCCAUACGUGAUGUUGAUCAUUCUGCUCAUUCGUGGCGUCACACUUCCAGGAGCAUGGAAAGGGAUCCAGUUUUACAUAACUCCCAACAUCACCAAGCUAGGGGAACCAGAGGUUUGGAUCGACGCCGGUACUCAAGUUUUCUUCUCCUAUUCGUUAUGCAUAGGUGUGUUGGUGUCGCUGGGCAGUUUCAACGCGUAUAAUAACAAUUGUUUAAGGGAUACAGUGAUUAUUGCGGCAGUAAACAGUGGGACCAGUAUUCUAGCAGGAUUCGCAAUUUUUGCGGCUCUCGGGUUCAUGGCUUCGGAACAAGGCGUUGCUGUUAAAGACGUUGCAGAGAAAGGACCCGGCCUUGCGUUUAUUGCUUAUCCGAAAGAAGUCCUUCUUCUCCCAGUAUCACAACUUUGGUCUUGUCUCUUCUUUAUUAUGAUUUUCUUACUCGGCAUCAGUACACUGUUGACCGACACACUGGCGCUUAUUACGUCACUGGGCGACCUCUACCCCACCCUCUUCCGAGGUGGAAAAUACAGGAAACUAAUAUCCAUGGCUGUCGGCUGUUUCGCUUGCUAUCUGGUUGGGCUUAGUAUGGUGACCAGGGGUGGUAUGUACAUUCUCCAACUAUUCGACUUCUAUGGUGCCAGCGGUUUCACUUUACUAUGGACGGCUACAUGGCAAUGCGUUGCUAUUGGUUGGUUUUAUGGCGACCAGAAAUUUUACGACGUCAUCGAAGACAUGAUUGGCUACAGGCCGGGACCAUACUUUCGUAUUUGCUGGAAAUACCUUGCCCCCCUGCUUAACGUGGCGAUUUUGGUUUUCAACAUCAUCAAAUACGAACCGCUUACAUAUAAUAAGACUUACCAUUAUCCUAUGUGGGGCCAUGUGUUGGGGUGGGGGCUUGCUCUCUCAUCUAUCCUCAUGAUUCCUGCAAGGGCGAUCUACAUUCUGUGUAAAGCAAAGGGAAAUACAUGGAGAGAGAAAUUUGACAACGCUUGUAAACCAACGAUCUCGAAAGCUCACGGAGGAGGUUGUGCUAUUACGGAGGUUGACGACGACGAUGAGGAAGCAAAGAUCGCCAUGAAUGAAGAAACUUCAUCAGAUGGGAGCGCCCCACCACCCUAUCCAAGUCUGGACAUGAAACAAGAUAUUGAAACUUCUAUAUGAACUGCCUGGUGUGAAAAUUUCAAUUCAAAUUGCGGGUGGUUCGAAUCUCGGAUAAGGAAGCUUUUAUUCCGUUAAGAAAGCUUGUUAAAGGCGACCUGCUACAGCGACUGCGGGAAUUUAAAACUAAACAUUAUAGCAAUUCCAAAAUGAUAAUAUACAUAUGUGGCUUCUUUAAGGAAGGUAAAAAAUUCCAAAUUUAAAAUCGCAACUUUCACUGUAUAACGGAAAUUUACCCGUUUAGAUCGUUGCUUUGGACAAUUCUAAAAGCUGCGAUGUUUUGUGCAUAUUGUCCAUAUACCUCUCCCUUUAAAAUGUCGGUUGCUUAUACUCGUCAAAAUAUUGUUACAAACCUAAGAUUCGGUGAUUGGUGUUUUCGCGUCUUAAAACUUUGCAAAGUCAUAUACUGAGACUUAAUUGCAGUUCAGACCUCAUACGAACAAACUAAAUACCGCCGCUGUUUUAAAACAUAAUAACCUUUAAAAAAUCAGUUUGGAAAGAACAAGCGUACUACACAAAUAUUUCAGAUUCGAUUUUUUUUCUCAAAUCUGUUUUUUUUCUGCACUGCACUGUUUCAAACAUUUUCACUCCAAAACUGUGAUAUGUCGCAUAUCAGUGUGCAUUUUACCAUGAUUAAAAAUUUCUUCCAAUAACGUUUAAAGAAACAUUUCAGAUUUUCUUCAAAUUUUUCUGAAAUAUUUCUUUAUUUUUUAACAACUUCUUUAAGUUGCAUUUACUUCAAAUUAUUCACCGAUUCUUGUUCAUUUCAAUUUUUGUUCAUUUUAUAACUUACCGUUUUUUCUUGUUGGCUUUUUGUUCUUAUAAAAGAAUUCUUCGCCGUCUUUGUUUUUCCGACAAGACAGUUCCUAGUCACGAAGCGUAAGUGGCAGUAACGCAGCUAAAACCGGUCUUUAAAAAACGGUAAAAAUCACCUAAAAGCAGCAACAACAUGUAAAUAUUUACGUAGAUCAUUCCCGUAAUGUACCGACAUUGUAUUCGUUGAACUAUGUAUACCAUGUACAAAACGACACUAGCGCCCCCUUAUUUAUUCACGCAUAUAGUUCGGCGGCCUCUUGUACAUAAUCUGCUAUACGGGCUUCGUUCGUUUUGGGUCAGCUACUGAUAUGGGUGAGGAGUAAACGGCCAACGCCGUCAAUACACACGCAGCUUAAAUGCUCGCUUUUACAUCUUCAGUGUUUCGCUUUAAAAAAAUAAAUAAAAGUUUUAAAAAA